ACUGCUUGGAUCUGCACAUAUACUACACUGAUACAUUAUGACAUCCUAGGUUCUUGGGAAAAAAAUGUGAAUGAAGGUCAACACCAGCUAAAUAACUGGCAGUUGUGAUUUCACAUUGUGUAUACAACAACAACAACAACAAUUUAUUAAACUUGUAUGCUGCCUGACUCUCAGCGAUUCUGGGCAGUUCACAACGAGUCCAAAUAACAGAAUGGUGACAGUUGUCACUCCCCAAAUGCCUUCUAGAACAAUUCAGUCUUCAGCAGACUCUGAAAGGCCAGCAGUGAGAGUGCUAGUCUGAAUUCCAGAGGGAGGCCAUUCUAUAAUGGGGGGCUUGAAGCUGAAAACCAUUGUGCCCUCCCACUUCAAAUCACAGAUCUGAGGGUCAGCAAAAGAUCUUGGUGAGGUUUAUACAUUGUAUAGGCAAAUUGGAUGUGCCAUCUCCGUGCAGAGGAGGCAGUCCUGUAAGUCUCUAAAUGCUAAGGAUAUAGAGAUUUAUAGAUUAAAACCAACACUUUGAAUUGUACAGAGAAACUUACUGGUAUCCAAUGCAAUGACGGUAAGACAGGUGUUACAUGACCACGGUGAGUAAUUCAUCAAUUUGUUAAUUGCUGCAUUUUGGACUAAUCACAGUUUCCAAGUUGUCUACAAAGGCAGCUGUAUGUACAGUGCACUACGACAGCCCAGGUAAUGAUGGUAAGUAUAGUAUAUGAGUCACCAUGGAAAUAAACACAUGAGCCAUUGUGGCUGGAGCCUUCUGCUUCAGGGAGGAGCUCAACUGGUACACCAGCUGAAGCUGGAAAAGCGCUCCCUGGCCAUAGUCCACCUUUUUGUCUAGCAGUAGCUAUGAGAUCAAGAGCACUCCAAUCUGCCGAUCUUCUCUUUCAGGAGGAGUGCCACUCUACCCAGAAUUAUGACGGAAAAAGAGAUUAAUCUGUACAAACAGUAUAUCUUACUGGGGUUCAACUUCAACCAAUUUUGUCCCAUCCAGACCUCAAAAGCCUCCACUAGUUCAAGAUUUCUGGUUCAAGGUGCAGGUUUUCGGGGUUGGAAAGAAGUAACAUCCAUAUUUAAUAAGGAUGAUGAACAGCAAUUAUUAACAGGAUGUAGAUCUCCAAAAUCUAAAGGAACAAAUAUAAAACUUAAAGAGGAUUUGAAAUCCGAAAAGAGAGCUGGAUUUUGGGACAGUUUGGUGAUAAAACAGAACAUCCAUUCCAGGAAGCCAGAUGAGAUUGAAGGAUGGGAGCCCCCCCAGAUUCCUGCCAGUGACCACCUCAGUGAUACAGAAAGUACUUUAAGUGACUAUUCAUCUUGGUCAGGCUGGGAAGAUGAAACCAAAGGCUCUACAAAGUACACAAACCUGGCAAGCUCAGGAAACAGUUCAAGGUGGAGUAUUAAAUCAGCUGGAAGGCUGGUUAGCAUUAGGCGACAAAGCAAAGGUAACCUUACUGAUAACUGGGAAGAACUAGAAUGAUACAAAGGAUUAGUUAUGGCAAAAUAAUUUAAAAUAAAAUAAGCAUUUUAGCUUCAGAGUAUUCCACAUUUUUCUGCAGGAAUAGCCAAUCUGGGAUGGGUGCAUGCAUUCCUAAAAAUCAUAACAUCUAGAAUAUAAAGAACCUGUUCCGCAAAUGCUAACAUCAACCCCAGAAUAGUUGGAUCAACCCAUUCCACAGGAAAAAGUGAAACAAUGUUUUGUUUUGCAUGUAUCUGCAAAGGAGUGGAAUGUUCUAAAAAUUGUUUUAGGUUAGAUGAUUUAUGUAUAUACUUAAACCAAAAUCAAAACACUGCAUAUUUUUACAGAACUGCAUUAUUCAAAUUCUCUAAUAGUUGACUCAUUGGUUUCUUAGCCCUUCUAUUUCCUCACUGAACAAAGUUCAACACCAACUUUGUGCCUAUAAUUUCCACAUUCACAUUGUCUAUCAUCUUGAGCUGCUCUUUACAAACUUUAAUGAUUGUAUACACUGGUUGAAUAUUCACUGCAUUAAUAUAAGAUUUGGAUUUCUUGAACUUGAGGUAACAUUUUAUUUUUUGAAUGCUUUCUGUUUUAUGAAAAUGCUGGUUUGUAGCUGAUACCUCAUUGUUCCAGCUUUACAUUGCUUUCUUGUUCUUAGCAUGAACAUUUGAUUCUCAAGCUGACACAUCAGAAUUCUGCUUUUUUAAAAAUACUGAAACAUGAAGUGCAAGAACACCAGUGUUUUUCUUCUGUUGCAAACAUGCCACAGAUGCAUGAAAUAAUGCUUCUGUAUAUUGUGGUGUUGAACUAUUACUCAGCUAAAGCAGAAGUGCAAUCAUCCGAAACCAUACAUUGUAAACACAACUCAGUUGCCAGCUUAAACACAAAUUAUAUACUUGCUAAGGUAGCUGCAUGUAGUUUGGCUCCACUUCGUAGUAGAAAUAGAAGCAAGAACUCAUCAUCUGAGCAAACUUGAGUAAUAUGGAUAUUUUUCAGGCUGCUGCUGCUCAGCUGAGUCAUUGUAUAUAUUACCAUUAAUAUUACAUAUUAUUAGGUAUUUUUUAGGCUAUCAUUUAGAAAAUGAAGAAAUCAAGUCUUUCAGAAAAUCCAGCCUAUAAGAAAUGUUUUCACUCAGUUUAUACUAUCCUUUUAGAGAUGAAUUGCUUUUCAAUCUUUGUUCUCGUGUUUUUAAACUACAGGAUCCUCUAUCUUUGCUGCUAUGUAGGAUUUGACUGGCUAUGUUGUUUCUUUGCAUUUUCAUGGUGGCAAACUGUCCUGGCUGUGUACAAGUGCUUAUUUUAAUUUGCUGUACACAAUUUGGUCACUGAUUGCUGCUAAUUUUAUUCAUAGAGAAGAAAUGUACUCUUCAAAUUAAUGUAGGAGUUCUUUCCCCAACAGGAUAUUUUUAUAUAUACAUUUAUUUAAAAUUGUCCCAUGUAUGAGCUUAGCAUGAUAGAAGACACUGUAAUUUAGUAUGCAUAAGUGCCACCAUCAGAGAAGGAAUAGAUUCAAUUACUUUAUUUGAAAAACUUCCUUCAAAUCAACAAGGAAACACAUAAGAUAAAAUGCUUUUCUGCAUUCUUCAUUAUAAGCAUCUUCUCCAUUUGACCGCUCCAUAUACAAAGUUCCCUCAAAGUCUGGAGAUUAAAUUUGCUAAAAAUAAUUUUACACAAAAUAUGUUCUUGUGAAGGGAAUCCAAUAAUUUUGAAUUGGAGAAGACAGUUAUAACUAAAUGAGAAACUACCAAAGAGCCAUUGCUCAGCUAACUACUAGUACUACUGAUUUGAAAAAUGAAGAAAAUAUUAAAAGUGCCUUGAAUUAUAAUAGUUUGCUGUAGAAAUGUUUGGUUAGAGAAUUUCACUGUUUCUUGCUCAUCCUUAAAUAGGUUUGAUUAUUUUUUAAUUUCAAGUUCUGCAAAAUGAGUAUCUAAUCUAGGAUGGUAGCAUAUUUCUUGCCUCCUAGUUACCAAUCCUUACUUGAAACUGAUAUUGAGCAUAUAUGUCACUGCUUAUAUAAUGACCUGUUUAGCAAUAUAGAUACUAAAAAUUUAUGUUCAAAAUUUCUUUUCAGUAAUCAGCAGGUUUUUUUAAGGACUAUUUUAUAGCUAUGCAGAACAUUUCCAAGGUAUAGUUUCUUCCCACAAAUUAAUGCAUUAAAUUAUAUUAAAAAAAUAAAAUAUCAUACUGUACAGACAAAAAUGAUGGCUAUAGUCCUGAGAUAUAAUAGAUAUCUGUCAAUAA